CUGAAACUAACGGACACUAGCAGCAUCUGAACAUGCAGCCACCACCCAGGAAGGUGAAGGAGAGCCAGCAGGUGAAGCUGGUGUUCUCAGAGCAGCUCAGUAAACUGCAGACCAAACAGCACCAGGACACUGAGCUGCUUGAGGAGAUCAGGUCCUUCAGUAAGCACCGGGCAGCAAUAGAGAAGGGGUAUGGUCAGGCUCUUCAGAGGUUAGCUGUUCAGUACCAGAAGAGAGACUGGCAGAGAGGAAACAUAGAUGCUAUCACUUCUGGAAGUGUGUUUGGUGUGUGGCGGUCAAUGGUGGAUGCUAUAGCUCAGACUGCUGAAUCACGACUUGCUGCUGCUGAGGAGUACUGCAGGCUGACGGGACAAGUCUCUAGAAGCUUCCGCAACACAAAGGACAUCCGAGCUAAGAGAGGCCUGGAGCGGCUCCAGAGAGUACAGGGUGAAGUGCUGGAUGCCCUGCGAGAGCUGCACUUGAUCAAAAAGACGUACCAUCGACUCAGCCACAUCGCCAACAUCGCCAGAGAGAAAGCUGCUGAUGCACAGACCAGGGCCAAAAAGAGUGAACAUGGGAUCUUCCACUUUAAAACUGGCCUACUGAAGAUGACUGCUAAGCAAAUGGAUGGAGACGUUUACGAUGAUCUGAGGAAUCACUUACUCCUGCUGUGUGGGACAGAGCUGGACACCUGUCUGUCCACACAGAAAUUGUACAGCAAGAUAUGGGACAGUGUGGCUAAGGUGACCAGAGAGAAAAACAUCCAGCAGUUUCUACGAGAAUCGGUUUCCUUCAGCAAAACGAUUGAAUUCACCUUCCAACCUGCUCCAUUUGACAAGGUUUGUUCUCUGCAGGAGGUGUAUGUGUCGGAGGCUGGCAGCUGUCUGGUUAAAGAGGCCAAGAAAUGGGUGACGAAAGCUGCCAAAGACUUUAAGAUCCUCACCCAUGGAGAGAGGGCUGUGCAGAUGUUGAAGAGUCGGCUGAAGCUGCUGUCAGGAGAUACAGGGUUCAGUGUGGAGCACAAGAUAGCAGAGGUGCAGGACAGUGUGCGCAAAGCAAAGCUCAGCAGGGUGAAGGCUGAGGCUCGUCUGGCUCUGCUCUCAGUCAGAGUCACAGGAACUGAACUGUGGCUUCACGACGCCAUGAGCCAGGCAGAGGAGGAACUGGAGAGAGAGCGGCGGCUCAGUGAGCAGAGGAGGUCUACUGAGGACUUCUCAGAGGAGGAGUUUGAGUUGACUGACUUUGAGGACUAUGAUGAUGAGAACGGAGAAAUCACAGAUCCAGUGUCAGCCUCAGAAGUGUGUGUAUUUCCUGCAGCCUGCAGAGUCAUCUACAGCUACCAGGCCAACCAAUCAGAUGAGCUGUCAAUCAUGGAAGGGGAAGAGCUUCAGGUGAUUGAAGAUGGAGACAUGGAGGACUGGGUGAAGGUGUGUAACUCCUGUGGACAGAUGGGCUAUGUUCCUGAGCAUUUUGUGCAGUUCCAGUGUCUACCAGCAGAGGGCGAUGCCCAGCUGGACAGCUCCUUCAGCUCCACCUCAUCUUCUGGGAACAAAGCGAGGGCAGGGAGCAGAGGUUUGGCCAAAGCUCUGUACUCCUAUCAGGCCCAGAGUGCAGAGGAGCUGUCCUUCCAGGAGGGGGCGCUAAUCCACCUGAUCCGCUAUCGAUAUGGAGAGGUGGACGACGGUUUCUGGGAGGGAGAGCUGAACGGUCGGACCGGAGUCUUUCCAUCAUUAGUAGUGGAGCUUGUACAUAAUGAAGGCGAGAAGGAGGUAAAGCAGGAGGAAGAGCCACUCCCCACCCCGACCAUGCCCUUGCCCCCCCCCCCAAUCCCCUCCUCUCCUGGCUGUAGUCCACCUCUCAGUGCCACUCCCCCCAGCUGUGUGGACAGGCCCAGAGACAAUACAGCAGAGUCAGAGGGCAGCAGCCACAAGUCUCCAGACCUCUGCAGCAGUCGGCUGAGACCAUGUCGAGCCCCGCCUCCUCCUCCAGCUCGGAAGCCUUCACCUCAGCCUUGAGACACCGGCAGAUACACCUUAAUGUGACCAAACUGUUUGUAUCUGUCAUUGUUUUUUUCUUCUGGCCAACUCUGUGAGACUUCUUAUGUAUUAGCUACAUAGA